GCGAUGUACAAUCAUACUGUUUAUUACAUGCUCUUACGUGGCCUGUACGAUUCGGGUAUACAGCGGCGAUUACAAAUACACCCACAUGAGACCUCUGCAGCUGUUUUCUCCGCAAAAAAAGCAGGCCCGUGGAUAUUUUAGAAACUAUGAUGUGGCAGAACAACAGCCAGAUAUUAUAAACAGGCACUACUACAACCAAAAUAUGUUAUCGAAUCAAGGGAGAGCGACAUUGGAUGAAAUCAACCGAGGGCGUCUCAAAAAUCGUGAAAAAAUAGCGGCUUUGUUUAGAAGACCUCAGUACAGACCCAUCAAUUCGCCUAAUUUUAGAGGUAGAGGUGGAAGAAGGAAUUACAAGCCAAUAAUAUAUUAA